AUGCCUCACCCGUUCGAAACACAGCGUGCUGGAGCAGACGGACCACUCCUCCUACAAGAUUUCCACCUGAUCGAUCUCCUAUCUCACUUUGACCGCGAAAGAAUCCCCGAGCGAGUCGUCCACGCAAAGGGCGGCGGCGCCCACGGCUUCUACCGCACGACCAACCCGCUCGACGACCUCUGCCUCGCCGACAUCUUCUCCGCCGAGGGCAAGGAAUGCCCCGUCACCGUCCGCUUCUCAACCGUCGGCGGCGAGAGCGGCUCCCACGACCACGCCCGCGAUCCGCGCGGCUUCUCCAUCAAGUUCCGCACCCAAGAGGGCAACUGGGACCUCGUGCAGAACAACACGCCCGUCUUCUUCAUCAGGGGCCCGGCCAAGUUCCCUCACCUGAUCCAUACCCAGAAGCGGCAUCCCGCGAGCCACCUCGGCAGCGGCGACGACUCGACCAUGUUCUGGGAGUACUUCUGCCAGAACCCCGAGUCCGUCCACCAAGUCAUGUACACCUUUGGGGACCGCGGCAUCCCCGACAGCUGGCGCCACAUGCACGGCUACAGCGGCCACACGUUCAAGCUCGUCAACAAGCAAGGGUCAUGGGUCUACUGCCAGAUCCACGUCCGGUCGAAGCAAGGUAUUGGCUUCCUGACCCAGGAAGAAUCCACGAGGCGCUCUCCGGACGCCAACCAGAAGGAUCUCUACCAGGCCAUUGAGCGCGGCGACUUCCCGCAGUGGGAUUUGUGCGUGCAGACCAUGACCCCGACGCAGGCCGAGGAGCUGUGGGAGACGCAGAGGAUCAACGUCUUUGACCUUACUCAUUGCUGGCCGCAGGGACAGUUUUCGCUUCGCAAGGUUGGGGAGCUUUGCUUGAAUGAGAAUGUCAAGAAUUACUUUGCAGAGAUUGAGCAGAUUGCCUUUAGCCCAUCGCAUCUGAUUCCAGGAAUCGAGCCUUCUGCCGAUCCUGUCCUCCAAGGCCGCCUGUUCUCGUAUCCCGAUACGCAUCGUCACCGUCUUGGAGCAAACUACCAGCAACUCCCCGUCAACGCCCCUCGCCCAGGCUAUCACAUGGCCAACUUCCAGCGAGACGGGCCCAUGGCCUUCUACAACCAGGGUUCACGGCCAAACUACCUCUCGUCCAUCGAGCCCAUCUCUUUCAAAGAGCGCAAGACCAACCUGGACGAAACCCAUGGUCACUUCGUGGGCAAGGCCGUUUCGUUUCUAUCAGAGAUUAGACCAGAGGACUACAACCAGCCGCGUGUUCUCUGGGAGAGGGUAUUUGACGAUGCCGCCAGGGAGAGAUUCAUUAACAAUGUGGCGGGCCAUAUGAGCACUUGUACUGAAAAGGAGAUUAUCAGACGCCAGAUUGGCAUCUUUCGCGAGGUAUCUGAUGACUUGGCGACCAGACUGGAGAAGGCUACGGGCAUCGAGGGGUAUUCGGGCAUUGGUGGGCUUGUUUUCAACGGUUGCCAUAAUGGAAUGGCGAAGGAUUCUGCUCUUCGAGCUGCGAACGGCCAGCCGAGGCUUCGCUUUGACGAGAGUAAUGGGGCGCCUUUGGCUGGAACUCAUGACUAG